CUGGUCAGAAUUAUCCCAAUUACAAAUAAGAAGAGCUCGAAGUUAAGCUUCAUGUUACAAAUUUAAACUUGUUAUUGUUCAGUUCAAUAGUGGUUAACUAUUACCACUUUUGAAUUGAACAAUAACAAAUUUGUAUAUUUGUUGUUUGAGAAUGAAAGAAGACCUAGUCUUUGCCAAUAUUUAAGAAAAUGGACCCUUCAAACACUCUAGACCUAGCUACAGAGGAAUCACUGUGACCACAAUAAUCAUGAAGAUCCUGCAACUCUUAUUAAAUACAAGACACAACAUUGUCAUCCAAGAUCAGACACAAUAUAUGUUCAGAUAGGAUUCACAAAAGGAAAGUGAAAAUGAAGAGGAGAUCUUGUGGUUCCUUUAAAUCUCCAUUCAAUGAUCAAGCCAGCAGCCAGAAGAAAACUGCCAUGUCUGACCCUGAUGUACUGAGGAGCGAAAUACAGAAGCUGGUGGACAGGACAAAAACUGUACAGAAGGAUAUUGACAAUCUCAAAAAUAGUGGCCAUGAUGUGACUGAACUAAAGAAACACAUGGAUAUGAUGCACCAGUAUAAUGAAAUCAAAGAUGUUGGCCAGAUGGUCCUGGGCAGGAUAUCUGAGCUUGAUGGUGUUAGAACCAGAGACCUGUAUUCAGAGUAUGGCCUGGACAUCAAUGAUUGAUAGAACACAACAACAUCUGGUACAUGUGACAGCCUCUGGAAAGUCCUUGUGUCUUUGCUUGAGGGGUACGACUUCUCCUGAAGUUAAAGACAGCCAGGCAUUCACUGUCUGUGAAGACAAUAAGCCUGAACACCUCAAGACAUAACCCAGGCUAGAAUUACGUAUACAUGUGAACGCUGGUAUUGCCAUCACUUACUGAAUUCAAAUGUGGAAUUUAUUCCAUAGCAGAAUGUGUUGAUGAUUAUACUUAUACUAUACUGUGUGUGCAGGAAUUUUCUUGGGACUUACAUCAGUAAACAAACCAUUUUCUUUCAGUGUUUGGGAAGGACAUUUGCUGCUCAAAAGUGUCACUUUGUUAUUGAACUAUCUAUAUUGAUUCCAAGUGUGUCUUGGAAAGGUUACUUAAGAAAAAAAGCUGCAUUUUUGGAGGUCUUUUGCAGAGAACUGGUUUGAAUGAAAUCCUGGUUGUGAAUUUUGUAAAUCCUGUCCAACUUUUAAAUAUUAUUUCAUUCCUUGAGAAAUAUAUCCUUAAAAUAUUUCUUAAAUGCUAUUCAGAGAAUU